CCCGUGACCCGCGUUGCUCUGCCCCGCAGGUACUGCCAGGUGAACGUGCCGGACCAGCUGCUGCGUGACCUGCUGCCCGGGCCCGUCACCCUGGUCCUGGAACGGUCGGAGGAACUAAACAAGGACUUGAACCCCUUCACCUCGCUGGUUGGUGUUCGCAUUCCAAACCACCCUUUCAUUAGGGAGUUGGCACGAGUUUGCUCUGGACCACUGGCUCUAACCAGCGCCAACAUCAGCUGUCAGGCGAGCACGCUGGCGGUUUCGGAAUUCAAAGACCUGUGGCCACAGUUGUCCUUAGUCAUUGAUGGAGGUCCCAUAGGGGAUGUCCAGAGCCCAGAGUGUCGUUUGGGGUCAACUGUGGUUGAUUUAUCUGUGUCGGGGAAAUUCACCAUCAUUCGUCCUGGCUGUGCACUGGCUUCUACAGUUGAAAUCCUGAGGCAGAAGUAUGGCUUGGAGCCAGAAUCACCGUGA